CUAAAUAGGACUAGAACCUCUUUAUAUGGUUAUGGUCACUAAAAUUCAAAUUUAUAAAAGUAAAUUAAGGAUAUCAUGCAUUGUUUAAGAGUGUCAGGAAUAGUGUUGGUGUUGUCAGCGAUGGGCAGCUACGCGCUGGAGUGUUACAUUUGUGGUUCUCACAUGGACAUCACGUGUGCGGGGCGGUUUCAGCAGGGGGACUAUAAGGGGGAGAGAACCACUAUCGACCCGACCACCUUCAUGCCAUGCCAGAUAUGCACCAAGAAUGAGUACAUGCACAACGGAAACACGCACAUAAGCCGAGGCUGUUCGUCCACCUGGAAGCCAGAGAACUGCGACAGUCACGGCUGCGCCUGCGACACUGACAUCUGCAACGCCGCCGUUCCUAUGACAACAGUUUCCUUAACGACCGUUAUCCUGGCAACAGUUAUGUCCGUGUUUGUUGUAAAAGCGUUUAAGUGUUGUUGAUCUUUGAAGAUUUUUGCAGCAACAAAAAUACAUUGUGUGUGUGUCAUAAUGAAAUUAUUGACACACGUAGUAUUUCCUAGUAUUUGAGGAUAUACAUAAUUGAUAUAUCAUUCCUUCAGUGUGUGUCUGCGAUACUUUGUGUUUCAAAUGCUCUAUCAUGACAUGUAUGUUAAUUAUAUACAUUUCUUCUUACCUUGUGAGUGUAAUUUUGAAUGUCAAAUUACAGACGACAUUUUAGAAUGAUUUUAUAAUGAU